GCUACCGGGGGUCGCGACAGAAGCCAACCCCCACCCCCCCCACCGUUGCCAUGUCGGCCGAAAACGCCGAGGGGCCGGCACGGGAUGGGCCGGAGGUGAAGAGCGUGGUGAGCCGCGUGGCCGAGCUGCCCCUGGUGAGCGGUGCCUGCGGGGCCGUGGCCACCGCGUACACGAGCACCAAGGAGCGACACCGCCGCGUCCGCUCCGUCUGCCACGCCACCGAGAAGGGGGUGAAGACACUGAUGACGGUGGCCCAGCCCCUCCUCACCCGGCUGGAGCCACAGAUCUCCACCGCCAACGAAUUCGCCUGCAAAGGGCUGGACAAGCUGGAGGAGAAGCUGCCCAUCCUGCAGCAGCCCCCUGAGAGGGUGGUGGCCAGGACCAGGGAGCUGGUGAGCGGGGCGGUGGCCAGGACGCUCAGCACCGUGCUGGGCACCCGCGUGGGGCGGCUGCUGCUCACGGGGGUGGACAGGGUGCUGGGGAAAUCGGAGCAGCUGGUGGGCAGGUACCUUCCCAGGACGGAGGAGGAGCUGGCAGCCACAGCAGGUGCACAGCGAGCCCCGGGCACAGAGGUGGCCCCAGCAGGCCUGGAGGUGGCCCCGGGCACAGAGGUGGCCCCAGCAGGCCCGGAGGUGGCCCCGGGCACAGAGGUGGCCCCAGCAGGCCCGGAGGUGGCCCCGCCGGAGCGGCAGAGGCGGUGGCAGAGCUGCUUCGUCCGCGUGGGCUCCCUGUCGGCCCAGCUGCGGCACCGGGCCCUGCGGCGCUCGCUGGGCGAGCUGCGGCGGGCCCGGCACAGUGCCCAGCAGCUGCUGGCACAGCUCCACCACCUCAUCCAGCUGAUCGAGGAGGGGCAGCAGGGCACCGACGGGCCCCGGCGCGGCACCCGCCAGCGUCUCCACCGCCUGUGGCUGGAGUGGAGCCAGCAGGAGGCUGUGCCCAUGGAGGAGAGCCAGGUGGAGGCUCGGGCCCUGGCCAUGCUCCAGGGGCUCCUGCAGCAGCUCCAGGGCGCCUGUGCCCGCCUGGCCUCGGGCGCCCGGGCCUUCCCCGGCAGCGUGCAGGAGACGGCGGGGCACGUCCGGCACGGCGUGGAGGGCGUCCAGGCCGCCCUGGCCCGCGCCCGCUCCUUCCACGACCUGUCGGAGCUGGUGCUGGCGCAGAGCCGGGACGGGGUGGCGCGGGCGCAGCUGGGCAUCGACGAGCUGCUGGAGCACGUGGGGCAGCACACGCCCCUGCCCUGGCUCGUGGGACCCUUCGCCCCGGCGCUGGUGGAGUACCCCGAGGACGCCCCGCUGGAGAUGGCCAAGUGGGAGGGCUGCGUCACCGUCGGGGGCACGCGCCGGGCGUCACAGCCGGUGUGCGGCCAGCACUGA